AUGGAAAAUAUAUGUUCUUUAGGUUUUGUGUCAGCAGUUGUGUGUCAUAAGAAAAGCAGUAGCACUGAAGAGCUUGAUUUAAUAGAUAUGUCAAGCCUGAAUCAAGCUGAUAUUGAAUUAUUGAAGCUAAGAAGCACCUGCGAAAAUAUUGAGUGUGUUUGUUCUUCUCACAAAAGUCUCUAUUUGGGAACAUUUGAAGACAGACAAAGAAUUUGCUGUGAACCUUUUAAGAAGCGUGGUCAAAAGACUGCUAAGAAAUCUUUGAAAUCUAUUUCUUUAACCAUGGCAAUUAAAUAUAAAACCCUUAGACUUAUCCAAAGUACCAAACUAUGCAUAACAUGCCCUCUUCAAAAACUUAAUGAAAAUUGUGAACUACUUGAAACUUCACCAUUUAAGGUUACCAAGAGAGCACAAGACAGGCGUCCAGAAUACAUUCGAUCCAAGUCUCGUCUCUUAGCUUUAAAAUUCCAGCAAAUAGCAUCAGAAGUGCAACAUGUUCCAGUGAAAAAUGCGUCUAAAAAAACUGGCAGUGCUGAAUGA